AAUGUAGUAGCUCUCUGAGCGGCAAAAGCGAAUCGAAGACCUCGAAGGCUUUCAGGCUGAGCAAACUUCCAACAUAGCUAAACGAGACGCGGAGAUCGAAAGGAUGAAAGACCGAGUGGAGAUACUCACGGAGCAACAGAAUUCUCUACGCAGCCAACUCGACGAAGCACUUCGAAAGUCAUGCAGCUUCGAGGGUGAGCUCUUGAGAACCACGACAGACAGUCAAGUGUCUCAACAGAUCCUGCAAGACAGUUUCUCUGCCCUUAAGACUGAGCUUGCGAGUAAAGAGGAUAAUUUUCAGGCUGUGAAAGAAACCCUUUCUUCCAUCCAAAAGCAACUCGGGAGGAAAGAAGCGGAGUGCCAGGAUUUACAGAAUAACCUUCACGAAAUCCAAGGUGAGCUCCGUAGGAACGAAACGGAGCGACAGGACUUGCAAGAUAACCUCUCAUCGCUUCAAGACAAGGCCACGGAGAACGAAGAGGCACAGCAAAACUUGCAAGACAGUCUUUCAACCAUCCAGAACAGACUCACGGGCAAGGAAGAGGAGUAUCGGGCCCUGAGUAGGGAACUUGAGGAGUCAAACAAUAUCCGAGAAAAUCUUGAGUCUGGCAAGUCGAAGGCAAAAUCGGAAAUCCAUGCCUUGCUCAAGCGAGUACAAGAGGCAGAAUCCGCAGCGAAGCUGAUCAGAGAAACACUCCAUCGGAUGAAUAUCGCGCAGUUGGACCAACCAUUGCCGGAGAUAAUGGAUCAGCUAGAGAAGUCAUUCCAGGCAGCCAACUCGAGCCAAAUGGCAAUUGUAGGUGAAAUCGCAUCUCAAGUGAGGACGCCUGAAACAUCGGCAAGAGUUGUAAAUCUUCGAACGAACGUCAAUUCUGGCAACCAAGAAGUGCACACGGAUUCAGAGGAGAAUGAACCUAAGACGCCUAUAAACCAUUAUGACGAACCUUUGCCGUUGAAGCAGGGUGGGGAAAUUGUUCCCUUCUCAAGUAUAGCAGUGUCACCUACCCACUGCGCCGUCGCAGACGGAGAACCGUUUGAUUUCUCUUGCAUGCUUAUGCAGACCCCCGAAAGAUCAUCGGUGCAGCAGGAACUCAGGGUCCCCCCGAGACCGGAAAAGGAAGCCCCGCCAAUAGAAAUUAUCUCGAGGGAAAGAUCCCAAAGCACAGAUCUCAUUCUUGGAGUGAGGCGUGUUUUAAGUGCCCAAGGGCCAACUAAAGUGCGCACACAAGACCAGCAUCUGGGCAUUCCAAUAGAUCAAGCUCACCUCCAGCCAAAGGACCCAGUCCCAACGCGAAAAGUCUCUUUUGUGGCCGGAAAUACAGCUGCAGAAACAGAUAGUGUUCAAGUCCCGGAUUCGCAAGAGAAAAAUAUCCAAAGCAAUCUUUUGGAGUCAUCACUUAACGGAGACAGCCUAACACGAACCAAUCGAUGGACGUACAGUAAACGCCAGCGGGAAACGUCGACAAAACGGCAAGAUGCAGCGACCAGCGAGAAAUCAUAUUCUCAGUCUGAAGUUCAGCAGGCACACAACAAUAAAAAAGUGAAGACUUUUGCGGAACCGUUUGCGACUGGGAGCCAGGGAAGAGCAGGGCCAGAACUUCAUGAUCGUCGCAAGAGUCCUACCAGGCUGGCUUCCGGAAGUAGUCGCGCUUCGUUGGAUCUUCCAGUCAUCGAACAGAAACCCAGACGGAGGUCAGGGCGAAAGACACGAGGUAAGCGACAUGGCUUUUGAUGAUUGUGCGAACCCUAACUCCAUAGGUGACAAAUACAAUGCUCGGUUUAGUCAGGCUGCCUA